AUGGACGACUUUGACCGAUGGAUACAGCGAAUCGCUGUGCCCGAGAAGCGUCCCCACUGUGUCCUCAUCUUCUGCGACAACAGUGGCGCCGACCUUAUCCUUGGGGUCCUGCCUUUCGCCGUCGAGUGCCUCGACUGGGGUUGCAAAGUAAUUCUUACUGCCAACUCCGAUCCAGCAAUUAAUGACGUCACCUAUCCAGAGCUGUUAUUCCUCAUGAAUCAAGUGGCUGCGCUAGAUGAGCGCUUGGCUAAAGCUCUAAGCUCACGCAGAUUAAUCUGCGUGGACAAUGGGCAGAAUUCGCCCUGCCUGGACCUUCGUCGCGUCUCGCAGAAACUGGUGAAGUUGGUGAAUGACGAACAGGUUGAUUUGAUUUUGCUCGAGGGCAUGGGCCGUGCAGUGCAUACCAAUCUUUACGCCAGAUUUUGUGUUGACUGCCUUAAGAUUGCUGUCAUUAAGAACUCGUGGUUGGCAGGUCAUCUGGGCGGAAACUUGUUCAGUGUGAUUUUUAAGUACGAACACUACUCAUCCGACGUGGCCCCCAAACCGGGACCGUCAGACGCCACCUCUCCCGCCGCUCCUUCCAACUCUUAG